UUACCGCUGUAACCCUCGGGUCGUCAGUAUCCCUCUCAGACCCCAGUCAGCUGGUAGUAAGAUGGCGAAUCUGGCGAGAUCUUGGAUGUCCCUGCCCCGGCUAGCAGCCAGCCGGCGUGUCUGCGGCUCCCUGACCGCCCUCCAUACUUCAGCCCCCGCCCAGGACCAGAGUCCCACUCACACUGGACAGGUGUUUGACAAAGACGACUACCGCAAUGCAAGAUUUAUGACCACACCAAGGCAGACCAACACGCGCUGGGCCGCCAAUCUCAUCAAAGAAGUUCCCCCGAAGGCAGUGCAAGGUCGUAUAGCAGCCUGUGAUGGAGGCCCUGGAGCCUUGGGACAUCCUAGGGUGUAUAUUAACUUGGACGAUGAAGGGAACCACGGGUGCAUCUACUGUGGAUUACGUUACUAUAAGGACAGCACUCAUUAGUCUGUAUCUAUUGUACCUGUAGGGUAUUUGUUCCACAUUUAGUUAUGUUCACAUAUUUUCUCUUGCCUUCCUUGGUAAAAAAAAUUAGUUUAACAUGCUGUGUGCCAGACUUUUUGCCCUUGUGUCAUUCCAGUGCUGGGCGAGUUUCAGAGGUCAUGUCCUUGUAUGCAAGGAUCUGGCACUGGGAGAGAUGUAAGGAUGGUCUCUAUAUAGGCCAGCAUAUUAAUAAUUUAACAUCUGAAUGUAUAUAUUGUGAAUAAACAGUAAAUUAUACUUAAAAA